CAGGCGCUAUGCGGCGUUCUCCAUCAUCUGGCACCAGUUCCAGAAGAAUCCCUUCGACCCCUCCUUCCCGCCGCCACCAAUCUGGAGGAUCGCCACGCGGGAGGCAAACCUCUCCCCGUCGUCCUGGACUGAGGCAACCCCCACAACAAGCAGCAGCAGGUCCUCGGAGAAGGAGAUACAGGCCUGGCCAGCGAGCCUUGCAGGAGAUCAGAAAGUAUCAAAAAAAUACUGAUCUACUUAUUGCCAAGCUGCCCUUUGCUCGUGUGGUACGGGAGAUCUGCCUGGAAUUUACGCGAGGGGUUGACAUGAUGUGGCAGUCUAUGGCACUGCUUGCCUUGCAGGAG